AUGUCGCCGGAUCUACCUUGCAUUGUAUUCGUGAUGUCCUUUUUGCAUAGACCCGAUAAUCUUGAUCAUACAGAGCACCAUGUCAGACAAGAGACACCCAAGCAGAUCGACGGACAUACCCACCGGCGAAAACACUCAUCCGACUCAGAAAAGACACUUACAGUCGAGGACUGGGCAACAAGUCGCGAAAAUCCACAUAAUUGGCCUCUCGCAAAGAGAGUCAUCACAUCCCUCGUGGUAUACAUCUACACUUUCGUGGUGUAUUCCGGGUCAUCCAUGUUCAUUACCGCCGUCCCAUUGGUAAUGCAGGAGCUGCACCUCUCCGAGCAACGCGCCAUGUUAGGGCUGUCCAUCUAUGUGCUCGGGUACGGCGUCGGACCCCUCCUCUGGGGCCCGCUCAGCGAGAUCCCCCGAAUCGGACGCUCGGUCGUCUACUUCGGUACAUUCGUAGCAUUCAUUCUCGUCACGAUCGGAGCCGCCGAAGUAUCCAACUACAGCGCAUUCGUCUUCCUUCGCUUCAUGCAGGGUCUCUUCGGCAGCCCGUGCCUCGCCAACGGCGGCGCCUCCAUGCACGACCUCUACCCCGAAUCCCAGUUCCCCUACACUCUCGCUCUAUGGGUAGCUGCAGCGUACUGCGGCCCGGCUCUCGGACCCCUGCUCACCAACAGCCUGGUCAACAAAAUUUCCUGGAAAUGGACCAUGUGGCUCCUCGCCUGUAUGUCCGGCCCGGUAUGCAUCCUGCUCUUCCUCCUGCCUGAAACUUACGCCCCGACCAUACGAUACCGCAGCAGUGCGUUCAAUACCAGCAACAACCAGAACAACAACAAUACUAGUGAAAGUGACAACCCUCUCGCCAAACUGAAAUUUUACCUCGUCAAACCCGUCCAAAUCACCCUCCAAGACCCUGCCAUUCUCUUCGCCAACAUCUACACCUCCUUCAUCUACGGCACGUAUUAUACCUUCUUCGACGCCUUCCCCAUCGGUUACCCACCCGUCUAUAAUGUAUCCACUACAACCCUCAGCUUAUUCUACCUCUCCGUCCUAGUAGGGUGCGUCCUCGCAGUAGCAGCCUACUUCACAUACCUCUCCCUCCCAAACUACCUCCGACAACACCAUCACAGCACCUCCCCUAAAUCCACCCCAACCCGCACACCCCCUACAAAACACGAACGACACCUCAUCCCCGCCAUCCCAGCUACCUUCCUCGUCCCCAUUUCCCUCUUCCUCUACGGCUGGACCCUCCGCCCCUCUAUCCACUGGAUCGUCAGCAUCAUCGGCGUGACAAUGUACGCUAGCGCAGUGUUCAUCAUCCUGCAGUGUCUGUCCAUGUAUAUACCCAGUAUAUAUCCCGAGUACGCGGCGAGUCUGUUUGCGGCCAAUGACUUCUGUCGGAGUACGUUGGCUGCUGGGGCCGUGCAUUUCGGGAUCCCAUUGUAUAAGAAUUUGGGGAUGGCGAGGGGGUCAAGUGUGCUGGGGGGUGUGAGUGGGUUGGGGGUUUUGGGACUCUUAGGGAUUUAUUAUUUCGGGGAGAGGUUGAGAGCGAAGUCGAGGUUUGUGGAGAGGUUGGUGGAGUAG